CUAACAAAAGUCGGGCACGAUUUUAUUGCAGCGAUAGACCCACACACACCAAAAUGAAAAAAGAGGAGUGCACGAGAAAUCGUUUCCAACCUAGCCGUACAGCAAAAUGUGUGGCAAAAUGCAAUGGACCUUAACCAGGAAACUGUUUCUUCGCGUCGUGCAGUCCGUUGGUGGAGCGCUGUGUGCGGCGGGCUUGCGACUCGCUAAAAUAUAACCUAAAAACACAUUCGAAAAUAUGUGUGUCAAACGGUGCAUUUUUAUGAGGACUUUCGAACUGACCUGUGAUAAUUUCUAAUAACUAACCGCUACAUGCAUGGAUGCAAACCAAGGGUUUAUUUUUGUUUAUCGAGGCUAAAAGACUGAAAACUAAAAAUCAGCCAUGGAUCACCAUCAGCUUAUCGAGGAGAUGCCCCAUAUCGAGCAAAUGCCGACUCAGGAGCGACUGAUACUGGCAAGGAAACGACGCAACCACCAGCUGAAGCAGUGGCUGCAAAAGGAAAAAGAACAUGAGCGUAAAGUCGGCAAGCAGAAAAAGAGCAAUCGAAAGGGCAUUGUUUUCGACGACAGCGUAGUUCUUCUGGAAGCGGCAGCUAGAAAUGAUAUAGACGAAGUAAGGAGAUUACUUAUGCGCGGGGUGAGUCCCGAUUCGUGCAACGAGGAUGGGCUGACGGCCCUGCACCAGUGUUGCAUAGAUGAUAACGAAGCCAUGUUACUCCUGCUUCUCGAAUAUGGGGCCAACGUCAACGCGGAGGAUAGUGAAAAGUGGACCCCUUUACACGCGGCAGCUACUUGCGGACAUAUAAAACUCGUCAGGAUACUGAUUUCCCGAGGGGCCAAUCUGCUGGCAGUAAACGCCGAUGGAAACAUGCCGUACGACAUUUGCGAAGACGAACAGGCGUUGGAUUAUAUCGAAAGCGAAAUGGCGAAAAGGGGCGUGACCCAGCAGCUUAUCGACGAAACUCGGGCAGCUACCGAAAGGAAGAUGCUGGCGGACAUGAGGAUUAUGGCAGCUAGAAGCGAAUCCUUGGAGCAGUAUGAUUCGCAGGGAGCAACCCCGCUUCAUAUAGCGGCUGCUAACGGCUACCUCUCCGUGAUAGAGUUUCUUCUGGAUCAGGGCGUCCGAACAGAUGUUACCGACAAAGAUGAUUGGCAACCUUCUCAUGCGGCAGCAUGCUGGGGGCAUAUAGAAGUUCUCGAGAUGCUGACGUACGCCGGCGCCAAUCUCAAUGCUAAAAACAGAAACGACGAGACGCCUGCGGAUAUCUGCGAGGAUCCCGAAAUCAAGGAGAGGAUACUAGAACUGCAGACGGAACAGGAAAUCAAAAGGCAGGCGGAAGCCAAAAGGAAAGUGCGACGAUCUCAGAGCAACACCCGUACCCAGUCGGUCAGAAGGACGUCCUUACGCGACAAGGGCUUAACUGCUAGGAGAGAUGCUGUCGAAGAAGCGCGAUUCCGCCUCCUGGCUGGGACGUCGAAUAUCGACACAAACGACAACAAUGUGUCCACAUCCGCGAACAAGAGCGCAGCGGUCCCACCAUCAGUACCAAACAAUAACAACAACGUGGACUACAACUCUACCGUGAGCUUCAUCAAAGGUGAUACCAGCAGUAUAGCCAGCGAUAUUCCCGAUAACGCCCUGGUGCUGCGAACAGCUGACAGUCACCGUAGGGACCCGGAAGGAAAAGACAAUGAUUCGAUGCUCGAGAACCAUGUGAUGGAAACCAAGGAGAAAACCUACACGACGGACGUUAAUGGAAAGGUAACGGUACACGUUGUGGUGACCAUCAACGGCAACGGUACGUUGGCCGAUUUGAAGAAGCAACGUAUGCAAAUCAGAAACAGCACAAACGAUGUAAACAAUUUGGGCACGCCGCUUAUUUGCAUUUUCUACCAGGGUUUUGGUGAUCAGCAUGUUUACCAAUCGGAGGUUUUGAAACAGCAAGAAUAUUCCUCGGCACUAGAGAAGGUCAUUAAUACAACGUUAAAUGCGGCUUUCAAAAUUUUGCCGGAUCCCAUACAUUACGAUAAUGUGCACCUCGGAUCUACAGUCAAGUCACCAUUAAUAGGGGGAUCCGCCGACAUCACUGAUAUCACCAUUUCCGGACAACGGUCUCUGGUAGCAACCAGUAUCAACCUGAAUUCCAGGACAAUGAUAGCGGAAAUCACACUAGUUCUUCAAGAAUUACGGAUCACAUCAAAUUACAGAAGUCUUGCGCGAUUGCUGACGCUGCCUGUGUGGGGACGAGGUAACUCUAGCGUAACAUUGAAAAAUCUGAACAUUAAUCUUUUGGGAAAAGCGAAUUUUGAUAUAAGGAAUGGGUUUUACCUGUCAGAGAGCACACUUGCCUACGAAAUUGAAGACUUUAAGGUUGAUAUAAACGGACUUUACAACAGUAAGUUGAUCAGCAAACUGACCAGCAAGAUUUUAAGUCGGGUUUCUUUGAAAAUCAUCAACAGCGAAUUGAUACAGGACGUGCUGAAUGAAUUUAUUGCGAGUUUGUUGGAAGGCAUUUUAAGAAAUGUGGCUUUUGCAAACGAAGCUGUCGGACUUGAAGACGUGCCAUUUAACGAUAUAGAUAAUAACAUUGUGCCAAUUUAGUAAACAAAAAUAAAAACUUGU